ACUGGCUCCACACUUAGUAUUCGAGUUUAUUAUGCAGAAGCGUUGUCGGCGUUGUGUGGUGUCGCGUUUGAAUCUGUUGCAUGCAUUUCAAAGCCAAAUCUGUUGCUAGUGUAUUUAUAUACGAAACCUGACAUCCCAUCAAUCGGCAGUUCCGAUAAAUGCGAACUGACCGCGCAACGUAACGAUGGAUGAUUCGGUAUCCGACGCGGCUCCUUUCGCGCACAUAAUCCGAAAGAUUGAAAAACUCAUCAAGCGCUACUUGGAAGGCGAGUUGGCCAUCGAGCAUGUCGUACAGGGAAUACGCUCGAUCGCGACACAAGAGAUAGACAACCGGCGGCAGGCUGUUGACUUGGCCUCGAAGAGGAUUCUCUCCGUACUUCUGCGUAUCGGCUUGAACAAGGAUACAGCCAAUCACUUGAUUGACCUUUCCAUCACCCUGGCAAGGGAACCUGACCUCUGUUCGGGCAGCCUGCCCGUGCUGCUUCUGUGCGACGUCUUCGAUAGCCUGCCCCUCAACGAGAGCGAGGAGUUUUUCAGCCUUGUUGAGGAUAAGGUCAGCAUCUGGAAAGAGGAUCUGUUCUUCAAGUGUUGCAAGAACCAGCUGCUGAGGACAUGCAAUGACUUGCUUCGAAGGCUGUCGAGGUCGCAGAACACCGUGUUCUGCGGAAAGAUUCUCGUCUUCCUGGCCAAGCUGUUUCCUCUUUCAGAACGUUCGGGUUUGAACAUUGCCAGUGAAUUCAAUGCGGAGAACAUCACAUUGUUCAGUUCGGAGGACUACAAAGGGCUUUCAGAUGAGGGCUCGUACCAUGAGGAGUCUGACGAAGGAUCUGCAAGUUCUGUGCCUGUUGACUACAAUCUGUACCGCAAGUUCUGGUCGCUGCAGGAGUACUUCCGGCAGCCUCUUCUGUGCUACACCAAAGUCCACUGGCGGCAGUUCACCUCGUACUCGACAGACGUGUUGUCAGUGUUUGGCAGCUUCAAGCUGGAUGACAUCAAGACAGCACAGUGGGCAUUACCAGGUAGCUCAAGCAGUCCAUCCGGGAAGUCCGUCUACUUUGCUAAGUACCUGACUAGCCAGAAGCUGCUGGAGUUGGAACUGAGUGACAGCAACUUCCGUCGCUAUGUCCUGGUGCAGUUCUUGAUCCUGUUCCAGUACCUGCAGUCCACCGUGCGCUUCAAGCUAGACUCGCACAUUCUAACUGAGGAACAGUCCAGCUGGGUGAAGAACACCUUGACUCAGGUGUACAAGCUGCUUGAGGAAACGCCACCCGAUGGGGCUGGAUUUGCCACUCGCAUCAAGCACAUUCUUCAGAGAGAGGAGUCGUGGAAUGCGUGGAAAAAUGAAGGCUGCCCAGACUUCAAGGAGGCCCGUCCUGUGGAACAGACACGAGAAGUCAGGCCCAAGAGGAAACUUGGCGAUGAGGUGAAGGCAGCGCUGGCCAGCAAGAAAGUGGUCCUUGGCGACACCGAGAUGAACCGGCUGUGGAACCUGUGCCCAGACAAUUGGGAGGCGUGCUCAUCGCCCAAGCGGGACUUUGUUCCCAGCUUGGAAAAGUUCUUUGACAUGGCAAUGGACCAAGGUGACCCCGUCGCUGGGGCCAAGAGCCGAGCCAAGAGCAUAUACCAGAGCAAUUCAGGCUGGCGGGCCUUACGGCUGCUGUCGCAGAAGUCGCCUCACUUCUUCACCAGCAGCAAUCAGCCAAUCAAGAGCCUGCCACUCUACCUCGAGUCUAUGGUGAUGCGCCUGGCCAAGGAAUUUCCCACCCAGAAUGUGGCCCCAUCCCAGGCAGCUGACGAGAAGACGGACAUGGCCGACUAUGGAGACAGCGAGGACGAGCUGCUCAAAAACCACGAGGAAAGCAGGGAGACUGGCACAUUAUCGGGUGCCGGUGCAGCUGCAGACUGUGGCAGCAGUGAGCCGAAGGAUACGCUCAACAAGGACGAACUGGCGGCGCUGGCUGGGGCACUCGGUGCCGACUGGAAGAAGCUGGCCCCGUUGCUGAGCUUCGGUGAAGACGAGAUUCUGUACAUUGCCUCCGAGCACGAAGGCGACGCGGCAAAGCAGGCCUACCAGGCACUGCUCGUCUGGCUCGAGCAGGAACCCGAGCAGGCGACGCACGCCAACCUUCUGCAACUGGCCGCCAGGGCAGGGCUCAAGGGCAAGCUCACGUCGCUCUUGGUCGCCGAAUAAAAGACAAACUCGGCAGGA